AUGUCUUCUCAACGAGGUAAUAGUGGACAUGUACUGGAACAGAAAGUUGGUCGAGAAAUGUGCCUCACUUGUAUAUUGUCAAGUUGUAGCUUGGUUCUAAAAAUACCUAAGUUCAUUGGCAAUGACUAUGCUGCCAGUGAUACUUUUGGGAAGGUGCUUUGGUCGGAUUACUUCACACCCAACUUCCAUUUGUUCUUUGCGGCAGCCAUUCUCAGUUGUGAAAAGCAGAAUAUCAUGGAGCGCAAACUGGAUGUUAACGGAAUUCUCAAACAUCUUAAUGACCUAAGCCAGCGUAUCAAUCUCACGAGUAUUCUGCUCCGUGCCACAGAAUUUUAUCUUCAGCUGGAAAAUCUGCCUGAUCAGAUCGUACCCGAAUUGGGACCGAUUGUUCGUGGGCCUUCGCUUUCUCUCUCUUGUUACGGCCUAUCCACCUUCACAAACAGCAGCAAUCCCCCCGCUUCAGCCGCCGGUUUCACAUACUAUUCCUCAUCUCCUAGCUGUUCACCGCUGCCAGUUAACAAUGCCAGCCCACUCUCGCCUGAACAAGCAUCGCCUAAGUGGCUAUCCACUGAUAUCCAAACUGGCUUCUCCACCUUAACUUCUGGGAAAGUGGCUGACGUUGUAGGUGCUGGUAUAGAAUUUGAUAUACCUGUCCGGGUAGUAAUGCCUGCUGAGAAAAAGAGAAUACCUAAAGGUCUCGGCUUACCCUUGAUGAACGUUCUUCCUAAUGGUGCUGACAGUUGUAAUACCAACAGAAGAACAGCUAACGAAGCUGAUAACGUUGAGGCUGUACGAGCCAGGAUUUCUAUUCCAACUGUACUCUCUCUAUCUAAUGAGUUCAUUUAUUCUGAUGGACGCAACCUAACCAGAUAG